UCUUAAUCAGAUGGUGUGGUCAUAGAGCAUGCUGACCUGCUUGUUGCUGUAGUUAUUUCUGUGGGAUUCAGGGCUAGAGGCAACAAUGAGGAAUCUAUCAACUCUAAUAUAAACUUCCUCCAAUCCCCUAAAAAAAUAUAACAAGGCCCAAGAGAAGAGGCCUUUACAGGCACAGGCUACGUAAGUUUUUGUUUUUAAAUUUAAUAUUAAACAAAUAUACAUUGUAUUCAUGGAGAAGCUAUUGGAACACACACUCCAAAGAAUUUUCUAGCUGCAAAGCUCAAAAGCAUUCUUCCUGAUUUAUUGUCAAAUUCAGGCUUGAUGAAAAAAGUUCCAUUUUUAUUUUUCUGUUCACAAAGGUUUUUUUUUUCAUACUCCUGUUCCAAAACCAAGGCAAAAUUCUAUAGGAAUGAAGGUCUCAAAUUAGAUUCCUAGUUAACUGGCCUCAAUCAACUCAUUCAAGCCCCCAAACAAAAUAAUAGCCUUGUUGCUUUUAAAAAAUCAUGAAAAGUGCCCUCAAGAACAACCUCUAUAUUCAUGUCCUUCUGCCUCUAGCAAAUCUGUGCAACUAGUUUAUGUGAACUAGUUUAUGGCCUGGUGCCAAGUUCCCUCCCCUACUUUUUCCCUGACUAAUUUGCUAGGGGAACAGAGAAUUUCAAUAUUUCACAGAGUGAAGGAAGUCCUUAGUCAGGAAGAGUUCAAUUUUCCUUUUCUAUUAAUAUUAUGAAAGUUGUCUCCUUUAUAUAUUUGUUUAAAGCUAUAUUUGAAGACAAAAAGUAAUUUAGAUUGUGUGUCUAGGAAGUCCUUUCCUCUUGGGCCUUGUUUUUUUUAAGGGGUUGGGGAAGGAAGCAGUUUUACAUUAAAGGGAUUUAAGGCCCUUUGUCCCUGGUUCUCACUGGAACUAGCUCUACAGAAAGCCAUGGAUGAUACUAAAAUCCAGAUCAGUCUAUUGCUGGCUAGUUAUUUUAUCUACUUAAUAUUGGGAUCUUUGAUAUUCCAAGCCCUGGAGACUGACUUUGAGAGAGAACUGAAAACAUCAGUGUAUGAAAUGAAAGCUGCUUUCGUGAGGAGACUUGAUGAUCUAACUCCAGAAGAUGUUGAACAAUUUGUGGAGAAUCUGACUCAUGCAGUCAAAAAAGGAAUAUAUCCCUUGGGAAAUUCAUCAGAGCUUGAUCAUAACAACUGGGAUUUUAGCAACUCUUUUUUCUUUGUUGGCUCCACUCUAUCCACAAUAGGUUAUGGGACUCUAUCUCCCAAGACAGCUGGUGGACAGAUUUUCUGUGUCAUCUUUGCUUUGUUUGGAAUUCCUUUAAAUCUCAUAUUCCUUCACCAAGUGGGUAAGACACUUUCCAUGUUAUGUGAAAAGCUUGGAAAAUGCCUUCAGAGUCAAGGAAUGAAAGAGAAAAAAAUCAAAUUUCUGACACUUCUGUUUUUCCUGAUGACGGGAAUCCUCAUAUUUCUUGGAUUACCAUCAAUUGUCUUCCACUCAACAGAGGGUUGGACCUAUAGUGAAGGAAUUUAUUUUGCAUUCAUCACUCUAAGUACUGUUGGUUUUGGUGAUUAUGUAGUAGGUGCACAGCCUGGGAAAUACUACUGUUCCUAUUACAAAGCUUUGGUGGCCAUCUGGAUUCUCUUUGGCCUUGCCUGGAUUGCACUUCUGUUUAAUUUGUUGAUCAGAUUUUUGGAAGACACAGAAAAAAAGAUAGCUGAGGACCUCCACAAAAUGGGAAAAGCAGGAAGAGAAAAUGGGAGAAGCCUGAAAAAAUGCCAGUGUGCCAAUCCUUCUCCUAAUGAGACCUUUCCACUUUCCAGUAAAGAAGGUUCUCAGAAAUUUUUUUUUGAAACAGAAGAAAAAGACAAUAGAGAAGAAAAAGAAAUCAGCUUUCUUUGUGAAACAGUCUUAUGAUAUUCCUUGAACUGAAAUUAUAUUGUGGUGUUUGGAGAGCUGUGUUUUGUAGGUCACAUUGAGAAGAAGAUGAUAAUCAUAAAGAAUUGUGGCAUUUUUAUUAAGCCUUUUUCCCACAAGCUUCUAUAGUCACAAUGACAAAUGUGAUAAUACUUGUGAUUGACAGGAUCCAAUUCUGUGUCAUGGCCUUAGAUAUCUUCUUUUUCCACUUAUAUUUUUAGUAUUUAUAUAAAAGAGGAAAACUCACAUAUAUAUGUAUAUACAUACAUAUAGAUAGAGAUAUAGAUACAAAUAUAUAGUUGGGAUUUUUGAAUUGGUUAAAUAUUAUUGAAAUAGGGGGUGUUUUGAAUGGCAAAUAUUUAAUUGGUGAAGUCAUAGUAGUCUCACUUUGUUUUGCCAUUGUGACACAGAAUCAUAGAAACAGACUCUAGAAAUCACCCUCAUUUUUCAGAUAAGAAAACAGAACCAGGAUAGAUAGGUGAUAUAGCAAAAACAAAACAGAAAAGAGGCAAAGUUAGGUCUUCAUUCAGUUCAACUCAACAAGCAUUUAUUGGUUUUUUUAAACUUCUUAUUUUCAAAAUAUACGCACAGAUAGUUUUCAACAUUCACUCUAGCAAAGCUUUGUGUUCCAAUUUUUUUUCUCCUUCCCUUCCCCCCAACUCCUCCACUAGAUGGCAAGUAAUCCAAUAUAUAUUAAAUAUGUGUGAUUCUUUUAUACAUAUUUCCACAAUUAUCAUGCUGCACAAGAAAAUCAGGUCAAAAGGAAAAAGAAAUGAGAACGAAAACAAAAAGUAAAGAAACAACAACAUAAAAGUAAAAAUACUAUGUUGUGAUCCACGCUCAAUCCCCACAGUCCUCUCUCUGGGUGCAGAUGGCUCUCACAAGUCCAUUGGAACUGGCCUGAAUCAUGUCUCUUCAACAAGCAUGUAUAUAAUUGCCUUCUAUGAACAAGGUACUAUGUUACACUCUGGUGAUUUAAAAAAAAAAUGCUCUCCACCUUCAAGGAACUUACAUUGUUCUUGAGGGCAUACUUAGGUUCUUGCUGUCACCUAUAACUCCUUCCUCGUAAUUCAGGAAGAAGAAAUGGCUUUUUUAGCUGGUUAACCUCUCCACCUGUACUCUUGAACUCAUUCCCUUCUGUAUUCUUUCUUGCUUGUGCAAUUUCAAUCUUUCCUGCUCUAUCUCUAUUGAUCUCUUUUCUACAGUCCUGUGUGUGGCAGGGAGGGGUGGAAGUCUAGUCUUUACCAGUCUAAAAAGCAAGCAAACAAAAUUCUUCUAUUAACAGUUCCACCCUCUUAAAAACCUUUUCUAUCUUCUUCCUCCCUCUUAACUACCACACACCUAGAAAGAAUACUCUAUACUCAGCCUCUACUUCCUUGCAAUGCAUUCACUUCUUAGCUCCUUUGCAAAAUAGCUUAAAUAUCUGAAACAGAUUACUAAUGACUUUGUUAUCUCUAAAUUAAACAACCUUUUUUCCAUCCUUAGUCUCCUUGACCUCUCUAUGGUAUUUGACACUGAGGGCAGUGUUCCUCCCUUCCCAGGGUUUCCAUGUCACUACAUUCUCAUCAUUUUCCUUCCAAUAUCUCUUUGUCUGGCUCCUCAUUCUCAUCCCGCUCUAAACAUGAAUGUUCCAAAAAAAAAAAAAUCUGUCCUAGUCCCUAUGCUCUAUUCUAUGUACACGCUGUUCCUUGAUGAAUUUUUCUACUCAGCCUCGAUUGUCAUCUCUAUUCAGAUGAUGACUCCCAAAUCAUAAUCUCAACUCUUAAUCUUUUCUCCAGAGGCACAGACAAUAUUAUAUUUCCAAUCAUAUGCUGGGUAGCUUCACCUGUAAUUCAACAUGUCUAAAACUAAUUUCUUUUCUUCUACUAAACUUGCCCCUUUCCUUAAUUUCCCUACUUCUAUUAAUUACAUCAGGAUCAAUCCUUCAAAUCAAUCAUCUCAUCUUUGACUUUUCUUAUUUCCUUGUAUCACUUAACCAAUGAAUUUCCAAGUCUUGUUGUUUCAAUCUGUACAGCUUGUCACAAAUUUGGCUUUUCUACUUCAUUCCCAUUGCAGGUAACUCUUGCCAACUCUGUCUUCACAUCUCUCACAUUGUCCCUUUCCUUCCAUUUACACAGCCACCAAUCUUAUUCAUCUAUUACCUGGGUUAUUACAACAAUCUAUUCUCUUCCAAUUUCUACUCUCUCCAACUCUUCUAUCUCCACCUGGCUGAAAAAAUAAUUUCCCUAUAGUGUUUUCCUAUGCUAUCUAAAAAAAAAAAAAAAAAAGGAAACUUCUUAACCUAGUAUUUAGAGCCUUUUUGCAAUCUGGCAACGACCUUCCUUUCCAGAUUUAUUAUAUUUUACACCCCUCCCUUACAUUCUUCAAACUCUUUGAGUUUGGAAUUCUUUUAAAUGAUCUUCUCAUUUUUAUUUUAAAUCUUUUAUAAUCCACCCUUCAAAUAAUUGUCCAAGUAACCUUUUUAACACAUCAAUAUGAUCAUAUCACUCCUCUCUUUAAAAUCCUCAAUGUCUAUUAGGUAAAUUAUAUAUUUCUGAUCCAACUUUUUAAUUUUAUGGAUAAGGGAAGUGGGCACAGAGGUCUUAUUACUAUGAUUCUAUCCUACCUGAUUAGUCUUACAUAAUACUGCUUGCGUUCACAGUUUACCUUACAGACAAAUUUGAUUACUUUCCAAUUCCUUUUUUCAUUUUUGACUUGUCCCAGAUCUGUACCUUUGCUCAUGCACCUCAUGAUACCAUGAAGAAACUCCCUCCUCUACCCUAAGGUAUUCUUGAGAAUACCUCCUUAUUUCAAGAGCCAUCUCGGAUGUUCCUUCCAAAAUAAAGCUUUCCCUGUUUUAUUCUCAUUCAUGUUCAACUUUGUCAAAACACUUGCCCUGCAAUUCUUUGCAUUCAUCUCAGUCUCCCUUAAUUUUUUUUUAAAAAUUGGUUUUUUUAAGCAACAAAAAUCUGCUUUUUUCCCUUUCAACUUUCAUCCCAGGCAUUUAAGAACCCAGCCUCUUUCUAUUAGGGCUAAUUAUCCUUUUGGUUGUUAGCUCCUGCAGAAAUGGGCUUAACUAUAUUUGUAUUCCCAGCAAUGAUCAUAGUAUCUUGCCCAAAGUCAUUUAAUAAAUGUUUAUUAAAUUGAAUUGAUUUGUAUGUUUUUGUUGAAUGUAACCAACACUUGGUCCUCCAUAGAUUGCUACUUUUUUUGGUUAUUUUAUUGCAUUUUAAUGUGGCUCUGUUUUUUUGUCCUUCUUUUACCAAUGUUUUCUAGUCUCUGCAAAGAGCUCUAUGCUAGAAAAAUAGAGAACCUGUAUAGCAUCAUAAUGUCACAAAUAGGAACAAUAUUUGUAUUUAAGUUCAUAUACACAGAACUCAUCCAUUCAACAAAUUGUAUUACAUGACACCAUCACAUUUAAUGAUUACAGGGAAAGUCGUCUUAGUUAUGCAAAUAAAAAAAGAAUAUAAAUAUAAAAAUAAAAAACAAAUAAAUAAAGCAUCUUUCUAAGACA